AUGAAGGCGCUAUUCAAUUUGUGUGCAGAUAACGUGAACGAUUUACUGCCAUAUUUGAAAAACCGAUUAAUGUCAGGAAAAGCGCAGGUCGUGAAGGAGAUACUGAAGUUCUUGGAGAAAACAGAGGAAUCCAAGAGAAACGUCAUUGUCGAAAAACUCGUCAAAUUCGACGUGAUAUUCGUUAUGUGCAACAUGAUGCAGACUUCGGAUGAAGAUUUUGUUAAAGCUGUUCUCGAAUGUUUCAAGAUUGUGAGUGCCUACAAAGAGUUCUACGAAAAUCAAGCGGCCAUAAUCGCCGUAGAAUCAAUGUUAAGACUCAGUUACUGUAUACAUAAAUCACUCAAAAACUCGAGACUGUUUGAGAAGCUCGUGGAGAAUGUCUCCUAUAUACUUGCUAAAUCGUUAAAAUUAGAUGUGAACCUCGACACAAGCUGCAUUCUGCAACAAGUUGUAUUUUUCGUGAAGAAUCUGAAUAUCAAAGAUUUGCAGAAGGAUGAUCUGAAAUUUGCGGCUGUGACGAUGUUAAACGUCGUUCUUCAAAAACAAGAAACCUUUGAUGAAGAUACCGAUAUGGAAACGAUCAUCGACAUCUGUCACAAUGCAUUAAAAUCGAUGACAGAUAUCGUCAAAUAUGGCGAUGACGAUAACACGAUUUUAUUUGCCGCCGAUUUAUUAUGCAGUACUUGCGCCUGUAGUUCACGAUUUUGCCUCAUGCAGGAUUCGAGCGAAGAGAAUCAAACUCAGUCUCAGCUCAAGAUUUGUCAGAGGAUAGAUAGACUAGAAAGUUGUGUAUAUAAUACGAUGAUGGAUUUAAUUAUUCCAUUAUGCGCAAAAAACGCAGAUUUGUCUCGCGUAGACUCGAUCGGCUUUCACAGAAGCCUCAUCUCCUGUUUAAAUAACUUGUAUCAGCUGAAGAACUGUAAUAAAGACGACCUGUCGAACCACUUGACUGUCAAUGGUUAUCUGAAGCGCUUUUUGUACUUGUCUGUGUCGGUUCCGGAGAAUUUACGAAGGAGUAUCUGCACGUUACUAUCACGUAUUUUGAGCACUCUCGGCAAAGCGGCAUUCUCUAUAAAUAAAAUACAGCUUGCAAAUAUCUUGCAACGAAAUCUUGUAGAGUUAUUAAAAGAUCCGAAAGAACGAUGGAAUGACGUCGUAGCAAGCCGCGAAAAGAAUGGAUCGAUCCUCAUAAUUUUGCUAUACUAUCAUUAUUUUGGCACUCAAGAGUAUGGAAGGACUAUAUUUUUCUAUAUUACUGUCUUAUUUCUUUUCAACGUUCUAACCUUUAUGUCACUUUUCAGAAGCAAUGUAGUAUCCUUGGAGUCAUUAAUUGCAAGGAUCAUGCUACUCCCAAGGACUUUGCCGAUUUCAGAUGUAAUUUUGAAACCUUUAUUAUUCUUAUUUGCUGUAACAUCUCUAGCUCAUCCUCGCCCUCAUUUAUUAUAUCAUUAUGAAAACGCGAUUACUAAAUUAAUGAAUAUUUUACAACGUUUAGAUAUCAGCAAAUUUUAUACUCAUCAUAUCGAUCUUUUACGCUACUGUCUUGAAUGUCCAAACAUUUCGCAAAACUUGAUGAAUCAAAUUUUAAAUUUAUGGCUGAUAGAAUCCGAUGGUGAUGUCAAGCCGCUAUUAUUCAAUUGUAAUAAAGUUGUUCAACAUUUAUUGAUGGUGAUACAUACCGAUUAUUUCACAAGUGUUAUCCACGUUGCUGCGAAAGGGCUUCGUCAAUUCAUUCAAAUUAUGAAAGAUGAUAAACAGCUUAUAGACCAAGUCGCGGAUAAAGUGUGGCGCAUGUUACCUAAUAUUCUUUCAUCGUAUCAAUCAGAUUAUGUCGCGCAUAUAGACACAGUUCUGGAAUUAGCUAAUAUUACCAGACCAUCCACAAUACCGAUACCUUUUAUAAUACGCAGUGCCGAUUAUAUCGUUAAUAUUAUAUUAAAGAAGAACAUAGAUUCGAAACUGAUGACUUUAUUCUUAACGCAAGCAUAUAUUUUAUUAGAUGCCGCUGUAUCAUGCAAGUCAUUUGAAGUGCUCAAAAUAUAUAUACAAAAAUUUCUGUUAUUGAAACAAUUAUACGUUUAUGGAUUUUCGGAACAAAGAUCGCAAUUAUCUACGGCAAGCAUAAAACUUCUUGCAUAUAUUCUUCAUUGUCAAAAAGAAUCGUUAAUAAAAUGCCGAAAGCCAUUGAAGGUCCACAUAAAAGAUUUGGUUCAGAUGUUAAACUAUGCAAGAAUAUCACCGGACUGGACAGUAAACGAAAUGUUAUUUAUUUGUGAACUUUUAACAUCAGAUAAUAAUAAAUCGGCUAUCAUUUUGCAAAAUAUCACGACAAAAACGGAUGAUGUGUAUAUGCUAAUUAAUCUCUAUGAGAUGCUUCAUCUUAUUCUCCCACAAAAAGACCCGAUAUCAAAAGAUAUAGUGUAUCAAAGUCUGCUGACUCUAUUAGAAUUUUGUAAUGUUAAUGUACCUACACUAAUGCAACAUCUUUGUACUGUAAUGAGUAAUUACGAGCUUAUCUUUAAUGUUAAUAUACAACAAAUAUCCUGUCAUUUUCUCAAAUUCAUCACUGCCUGGCUUCAUUAUCGCAAAGCAAAUUGUAAAGAUGUAUUGUGGAAUCCUAGAAAGUUGUAUAAAACACCGUUUGAUGAAGCUUUGGAUAAACUUAAGGAAUAUUCAAUAAUCCUUAAUGACAAAGGAAUGGAAAACGCUUAUCAGGAUUUGCAAAGCGCACUCUCACAAUUUCAAUAAAUAAUAACA